AUGAGCUACGAUUGCGAGACUUGCGACAGAUGUUCAGAAGACGACGACGACGACGAUUGGCAUGAGUACGAUAGGUGUGAGCGGACUUUUGCCUCGUGGAAGGCUUGCACACAACACAUGAACACUGUCGCCCAUUGGUUCACUGACAAAUGCGAGACGUGCUCCAGACGAUUUGUCAACAAAUUCGCCGCGGAACAACACAUGGAUGUCCUGGGCCAUAGAUCAUCGCAGUACUGCUCUGGCUGCGACCGCUACUUCCAGAACCCCAGCGGCCUGUUUCAACACACGAGUUCGGCCGUUCACCUUCGCGCGGAUCCUAUCCACGCUGCCCCUACACCGCCUACUCCCCGCCCACCACCUGCCCCUGUCGCCGCUUACGUUUCCACCUUAGCAGCUACCGCUCGUUCUUCGACUCUGCUAGCCACCAAUUCCAGCGCAGCUCCACGCUGUCCACCAUUCGUCAACACGGUACCUGCUCCACCUGCCACGCCUAGUCGAGUCGUCCCUCCGGCCCCGACUAUCACACCCAGACAGUCCACUAAUCCCGUAUCAUCAAACGCACGGCCUAGAAACACCGGUACGAGAUCCACGCCGUUCAGCGUUGUCGUCGAGUGGGAUCUUGCAUCCUCCACGACCAUUCACUACCAGUCCAUCACCUUCACGCAACCUUACUUAGCACACUCUUUCGAAGAACUGAAACUGGUUGAUUAUACAGAUGGCUGUACACCUCCAAACACCAACAGACGGACUGCUGCUUUCGGAUUGAGCACUGCACUCGGGGCUGGGAUCAAUUCAGGUGCUGAUUCAUUCCAGCCUGCUCGCUCUAGCGAUUUGGCCGCCACUGCCGCUGCCGUCUCAUCUACCGCAUCUGUUCCCUCAUUGCUAGAAGCACUUACCAGAACAGAUCAACGCAGACCGACAUAUCCCCUCCAGGGUCUACCAUCUUUCUAUCGGCCAAUUCUUCUCGAGCCACCACGCCUGAUGUCACGGCCACCGGCGGCGAAAACACAUACGGCAUCGCCACUGGUUUGA